AUGUUCUUCAAAAGCUUACAAUCCACCACUACAAGACACGUAUCACUAUACCUUUACUCUCCAAUUUCUGCGUUUCCAUUUUCAACCCUAGAAAUUCCGUCAAAUUGCAUUUCCAACCAACCAUCAGAAACCCAUGUAAAAAAGCCCAAUAACAUCGAUGAAUCCUGUAUACUGAACCAGCUCUCAGAUAUUUUACCAAUAAACCGAGAUCCAUUGAUUUCCCAGCCAAUCACCGGAAGUUUACCGGACGAACAUUUAGAAAUUAGGGCCGUGGAUGAAUUUUUAGCUCCCGAAGAGAAAUUACGUGGAAUUUUUCUGCAGAAACUUCGAGGUAAGACUGCAAUUAGAAACGCAUUAAACAGUGCUGGCGUGGAAGUAAACAUGGACGUUUUUUCUAAAGUAUUGAAUAGAGGAAAUUUGUCUGGUGAGGCGAUGGUCAUGUUCUUUCGUUGGGCUAUUGAGCAACCUAAUAUAGCUGAUGAUAUCUGUACUUACCAUAUAAUUCUUAAAGCAUUAGGCAGAAGAAAAUUUUUUAUGUACAUGAUGGCAAUGUUAAAUGAAAUGAGAGCUAAAGAAGUGAACCUUAUUCCUGAAACCCUUUUCAUUGUUCUGGAUAGUUAUGUUCGUUCUCGACGAGUUUCUAAAGCUAUUAAGAUUUUCGGGGAACUGGAGGAAUACGGAUUAAAAGUUAAUGUGGAGACGUUGAAUGUUCUUUUGCAGUGUUUAUGUCAACGAUCAUUUGUGGGCACUGCAAGUUCACUAUUUAACAGAAUGAAAGAGAAAGUACAACCUGAUAGCAAGACUUACAAUAUCAUCAUAGGUGGGUGGUCGAAGUUUGGCAGAGUUAGUGAAGUUGAGAAAUUCUUGAAAGUUAUGGUGAACGAUGGAGUUGAGCAUGAUUGUUUAACUUAUAGUUAUAUUCUUGAGUGUUUGGGGAGAGCUGGUCGUGUUGAUAAUGCUGUUAAGAUCUUUGCGUACUUUGAGGAGAAACAAACUAUGCUAAGUACUGGGGUUUAUAAUGCAAUGGUUUUUAAUUUUAUUGCUGUUGGAGAUAUUGAUGAAGGCUUGAAAUAUUACAAGCGGAUGUUGAGUAAUAAUUAUCAGCCAAAUAUGGAUACUUAUGCUAGAAUAAUAUCUGCAUUUCUUAAAGUUAAAAGAGUUUCAGAUGCUAUUGAACUGUUUGAUGAAAUGCUAGCUCGAGGGAUCAUUCCUACAGCAGGUACUCUCACCACAUUCAUUGAACCUUUGUGUGGCUAUGGUCCGCCUCAUGCUGCCGUGAUGAUAUAUAAGAAGGCGAGAAAAGUUGGAUGCAGAAUAUCACUGAGUGCCUAUAAACUGUUGCUUAUGCGGUUAUCUAGGUUUGGGAAGUGUGGGAUGCUGCUGAAUAUAUGGGAGGAGAUGCAAGAAAGUGGCUAUUCUUGUGAUAUGCAGGCUUAUGAGUAUGUUAUCAAUGGCCUCUGUAACACUGGGCAGCUUGAAACUGCUGUCUUAGUCAUGGAGGAAUCUUUGCAUAAGGGAUUUUUCCCUAGCAAGCUUAUUUGUAGCAAACUGAACAAUAAACUGCUGGCUUCAUAUAAAGUAGAAAUAGCAUAUAAGCUUUUCCUGAAGUUGGUGACAUCAGUUGUUUCAGGUGAAGGCACUAGUCUCUCAAGCUUGCUGCUUUACCAUGAGCACGAGUAG